CCCAUGUGACCGGCUCAGACCGGUUCUGGAGACAAAAGGGGCCGCGGCGGCCGGAGCGGGACGGGCCAGGCGCGGGAGGGAGCGAAGCAGCGCGGGCAGCGAGCGAGAUGCAGCACCGAGGCUUCCUCCUCCUCGCCCUCCUCGCCCUGCUGGCGCUCACCUCCGCGGUGGCCAAAAAGAAAGACAAGGUGAAGAAGGGCGGCCCGGGGAGCGAGUGCGCGGAGUGGACCUGGGGGCCCUGCACCCCCAGCAGCAAGGACUGCGGCGUGGGGUUCCGCGAGGGCACCUGCGGGACCCAGACCCAGCGCAGCCGGUGCAGGGUGCCCUGCAACUGGAAGAAGGAGUUUGGAGCCGACUGCAAGUACAAGUUUGAGAGCUGGGGGGCCUGUGAUGGGGGCACAGGCACCAAAGUCCGCCAAGGCACCCUGAAGAAGGCGCGCUACAAUGCCCAGUGCCAGGAGACCAUCCGCGUGACCAAGCCCUGCACCCCCAAGACCAAAGCCAAGGCCAAAGCCAAGAAAGGGAAGGGGAAGGACUAGAGGCCAGGCCUGGAUGCCAAGGAGCACCUGGCUUUACCUGGGGCCUGGCCCUGCCCUCCCCGCAGGCCGGAGAUAUGACCUACCAGUGCCUUUUGUCUACUCGUAGCUUUAUCAAUCAUGCCCUGCCUCUUCCCGCUCACUGCCCACCCCCAGCCCAAGUGCCCACAGUGGGGAGCAGCGAGGGAGUCUGGGAAGCUCGAGCCCCCCCAAAGGGAUUUCGUUCCCAGUACCCCUGUUUGUUCUUCCCCACAACGAUGCCAUUACUAAGAAACAAAUAAACCAACUUCUUUUCCCAAUAAAAGCUUUUCUUUUUUAAUAUA